CCCUCCACCAAAUAGAGCCGGAGAGCUCGAUUUAUUCCGUCUAGGAUUAUUAACUCUUUUUUCGCCGCACGGCUUCUGCUGCAGCAUCUCUCCGCCAUACAGUCGACAAUUCUGCGCAAACGCUGAAGGCGGCUUCCUCGUAAUCAUGCCUCCUCGCAGGAGGCCUCAGGCCGAGGGCCCUACUUCUGCGCCCGCUUCGCAGGUGGCCCCCAUAACUUCAGAUGCGGCUUUGAAGCGGAAGCGGAUGGCGCAGCAAAAUCAGCAGACCACUGUCCCGGAGAAUAGGACGACCGGUGAUUAUCAGGAACAAUCGAGGGAACAGUCGCCUCCUCACAAGCACCGGCGGACGGAUCCCUUCGAUGCUCUGUUGGAACCAUUCUACUACAGCAAAUCUCUCACGGAUCCCAUCGAUACCGCGCGUGACAAGUGGAAUCUGCUCCCGGCGUUCCUGAAGGUGAAGGGAUUGGUCAAGCAGCACAUCGAUUCGUACAACUACUUCGUUGAAGUCCAGUUGAAGAAGAUCGUCCAGGCGAGUUCGACAAUUCGCAGCGAUGUCGACCACCAGUUUUAUAUCAAGUUCACAGACAUCUACGUGGGACGGCCCUGCCGUGCGGAUGAGCCGCAAACCGAACCUGCGGGAUUCGAGUCGACUGUGACGCCGAACGAGUGUCGACUUCGUGACAUGACCUACGCCGCUCCCAUUCUGGUUGAUUUCGAAUACGUGCGAGGGCGACAACGUGUUAUGAGGAAAGGAGUGGCCAUUGGCAGAAUGCCAGUCAUGUUGCGAAGCUCUAAAUGUGUUCUGUCGAACAAGACGGCCUCCGAGAUGCACGUGUUGAACGAGUGUCCGCUGGACCCUGGCGGCUAUUUCAUUGUGAACGGUACGGAGAAGGUUAUCCUCGUUCAGGAGCAACUGAGCAAGAAUCGUAUCAUUGUGGAGACGGAUCCGAAGAAGGAGAUCGUGCAGGCUUCCGUGACGAGUUCUUCCAACGAGCGCAAGUCCAAGAGUUACAUCAUUCUGAAGAAGGACAAGUUGUACGUGAAGCACAAUGUGCUCAGUGAAGAUAUUCCUCUGGUAAUCCUCCUGAAGGCUAUGGGGAUCCACUCCGACAAGGAGAUGUUGCUUUUGGUGGCGGGUGUCGAUACAGCCUACCAGGAAGACUUCGCCAUCAACUUCGAGGAGGCCAUCAAGCUUGGAAUCUUCACCCAACAGCAAGCACUUCAGUGGAUCGGCUCGCGGAUCAAGAUUAACCGCAAGCAGUCGUCGGCCUACAGCAGAACUCACGUCCAGGAAGCCGUCGAGGCUAUCGCCUCCGUCAUUAUUUCUCACAUCGAGGUGAAGGAUCUGAACUUCCGACCAAAAGCCAUUUACAUCUGCCACAUGGCUCGUCGUGUACUGAUGGCAAAACAUGACGCGAAGAUGGUAGAUGACCGUGAUUAUGUCGGUAACAAGAGACUUGAGCUGGCUGGCCAGCUUCUUGCUCUGCUCUUCGAGGACUUGUUCAAGAAAUUCCAAUUCGAUAUCAAGAUGAAUAUCGAUAAAGUCCUGAACAAGCGUGUCCGUGCAGAGGCUUUCGAUGCGUGGAGCGUGGUGAGCAUGCAUGGCAAUCACAUUACACAGGGAAUGAAUCGUGCCAUCUCGACCGGUAACUGGAGUUUGAAGCGUUUCCGUAUGGAGCGUGCUGGUGUUACGCACGUUCUCAGUCGUCUGAGUUACAUAGCCGCCCUCGGUAUGAUGACGCGUAUAUCCAGUCAGUUUGAGAAGACCAGAAAGGUCAGUGGUCCCAGAGCACUGCAACCGUCGCAGUUUGGAAUGCUGUGUCCGUCAGACACCCCAGAAGGAGAAGCAUGUGGUCUGGUCAAGAAUCUUGCUCUCAUGACACACAUCACAACGAACGAUGAGGAGGAACCUGUGCGCAAACUAGUCUUCAUGCUUGGAGCGGAAGAUAUACUGACCAUGAGUGGUCGGGAGCUUUAUGGACAUGGAGGCUAUAUUAUCUCGAUGAACGGUACGCCGAUGGCGUUGACGAGACGACCGAAAUACUUCCUGAAUGCCUUCCGAAGGCUAAGACGCAUGGGGCGUAUUUCGGAGUUUGUGAGCAUCUACAUCAACCACCAUCAGGCCGCAGUCCAUAUCGCCACCGACGAUGGUCGUAUUUGUAGACCCCUCAUCGUCGUCGAGAACGGCAAGUCGCUUGUGAAGGCACAUCAUCUCAAGAAGCUUCGCGAUGGAACUAUGCAAUUUGAUGAUUUCCUCGCCCAGGGUUUGGUAGAGUACCUGGAUGUGAACGAGGAGAACGAUUCAAAUAUUGCUUUGUAUGAGAAGGACAUCAUCGACACUACGACACACCUUGAAAUUGAGCCCUUCACGGUCCUAGGAGCAGUCGCCGGACUUAUUCCUUACCCUCACCACAACCAGUCCCCCCGUAACACCUAUCAAUGUGCAAUGGGUAAACAAGCCAUUGGCGCCAUUGCUUCGAACCAGUUUCUCCGUAUCGAUUCCCUUCUCUACCUCAUGGUAUAUCCGCAGAAACCAAUGGUCAAGACACGGACCAUCGAGCUUGUCAAAUACGACCAGCUCCCUGCUGGACAGAACGCCACAGUGGCUGUCAUGAGUUACUCCGGUUACGAUAUUGAGGAUGCCCUCGUCCUGAAUAAGGGUUCCGUGGACAGAGGUUUCGGACGCUGCCAGGUCUUCCGGAAAUACGCAACUAACCUCAAGAGCUACUCGAACGGUAGCAAGGAUAAACUCACCGGUCCGCAAUAUGAGAAUGACGCUCCGAUCAGGAAGCACGCCCUUCUGGACAGUGACGGUUUGGCCGCUGUGGGGGAGCAGGUCAGCGCAGGUGAAGUGUACAUCAACAAGGUCACUCCAGAGAAUGCUCUCUCAUCUGGCUUCGGGUCUGAUGUCGGGAAGCCGGUCUCGUACCUCCCGGCUCCUAUGACUUACAAGCUGCCCGACCCCAGCUACAUCGACAAGGUCAUGAUCUCGGUGACUGAAGGAGAGAGUCAGCUCAUUAAGGUCCAGACGAGACAGACUCGUCGUCCAGAAGUCGGUGAUAAGUUCUCCUCCCGUCACGGUCAGAAGGGUGUUGUUGGUAUUAUCGCCGAACAAGCCGACAUGCCUUUCACUGACAGUGGCAUCGUCCCCGAUAUUAUCAUGAACCCUCAUGGUUUCCCCUCGCGUAUGACAGUCGGUAAGAUGCUGGAGCUUGUGGCUGGAAAGGCCGGUGUCCUCUCUGGCCAGCACGGCUACGGUACUGCAUUCGGCGGCUCCCCCGUCGAAGAAAUGUCCGCUAUCCUCGUCGACAAGGGAUUCAGUUACGGUGGAAAAGAGUAUCUUACUUCCGGUAUCACCGGUGAAGCCCUCCCCUUCUACGUUUUCACCGGUCCCAUCUACUACCAGAAACUGAAGCACAUGGUUCAAGACAAGAUGCACUCCCGUGCCCGCGGUCCUCGCGCUACCCUCACCCGCCAACCCACCGAAGGUCGAUCCCGCGACGGUGGUCUCCGUCUCGGAGAGAUGGAGCGUGACUGUCUGAUCGCCUACGGUACCAGUCAACUCCUGCUCGAGCGUCUCAUGAUCUCAUCUGAUCGCCACGAAGUCGACGUGUGCGAACAGUGCGGUUUCAUGGGCUACCUCAAUUGGUGUCAGCGAUGCAAGAGCUCCCGCGGCGUCGUGAAAAUGGUCAUCCCCUACGCGGCUAAGCUCCUCAUCCAGGAACUGUUCAGUAUGAACGUCACUGCGCGGUUGAAGCUGGAAGAUGAAUUCCCAGAGUCGAGAGGUCGAUAAAGAAACACCACGGUGUUUAUGUUUACGGGUUGUUGUCUCUGUUCAUUUGAUGUCGACUACGUCCGCAAAAGUCUGUCUGUACUCUUCAUUUCUGUACUUCUACUCGUAUUCAGCAUCUGCAUAGCGCGGGCGGUUCCUUUUUUUCUUUUUCUCAAUCGGUUUGGUUUGUCCUUUUUGGUGAAAAGAAAAAUGAAGCUUUACGCACUAGGUACCGAUUAGCAUAGCAUAGCAUGACAUAGCAUAGAAUGGUAU